ACCCUUACAAACGGGGUGUGGCCGUAGCUUGCGACUGGUUGGCCGGCUUGCUGCACAGUGCCGCACUGUAUUGAUCGGCCACGUCAGGUUUGUCCGUUACAGAAAGUUCGUUGGGCUCCGCUUGCGGACUGGUCCAUCUUAGAAACCGGUGUCGGUCUGUGAGCUUCAGGAGGCACUUGCGAGGCAGCAUCCCUCUCGGAGGCAGUUUUAUUUUGUACUUUGACUGAGUUAGAGAAGUUUUAUCCACAAAAAUGAGGGAGAUCGUGCACAUUCAAGCUGGACAGUGCGGAAACCAGAUUGGAGCCAAGUUCUGGGAAAUCAUUUCUGACGAACAUGGCAUCGACCCCACUGGUGCUUAUCAUGGCGACUCCGACCUGCAGCUCGACCGCAUCAACGUGUACUACAAUGAGGCCUCAGGUGGCAAAUAUGUGCCCCGUGCAAUCCUUGUUGACUUGGAGCCUGGUACCAUGGAUUCCGUGAGGUCAGGACCUUUUGGGCAGAUCUUCAGACCAGACAACUUUGUAUUCGGACAGAGCGGUGCUGGCAACAACUGGGCCAAGGGUCACUACACUGAGGGUGCUGAAUUAGUCGAUGCCGUUUUGGAUGUUGUUAGGAAAGAGGCUGAAGGUUGUGAUUGUCUUCAGGGCUUCCAACUUACUCAUUCCCUGGGAGGUGGUACUGGCUCCGGUAUGGGUACCCUUCUUAUCUCCAAGAUCCGUGAAGAGUAUCCCGACAGAAUUAUGAACACAUACUCAGUCGUCCCCUCACCAAAGGUUUCCGACACUGUUGUUGAACCUUACAAUGCCACCCUUUCAGUCCACCAGCUCGUAGAAAACACCGAUGAAACCUACUGUAUUGAUAAUGAAGCUCUUUAUGACAUCUGCUUUAGGACCUUGAAGCUUAGCACCCCAACAUACGGUGACCUUAACCAUCUUGUAUCUCUUACCAUGUCUGGAGUCACCACUUGCCUUAGGUUCCCUGGUCAGCUUAACGCUGAUCUCCGCAAGCUUGCUGUCAACAUGGUUCCAUUCCCCCGUCUCCACUUCUUCAUGCCUGGAUUCGCUCCUCUGACUGCUCGUGGAAGCCAACAGUACCGUGCCCUGACUGUUCCUGAGCUGACCCAGCAGAUGUUUGAUGCCAAGAACAUGAUGGCUGCUUGCGAUCCCCGUCAUGGUAGAUACCUCACUGUCGCUGCCAUCUUCAGAGGCCGCAUGUCAAUGAAGGAGGUUGAUGAGCAGAUGCUCAACAUCCAAAACAAGAACAGCAGCUACUUCGUCGAAUGGAUCCCCAACAAUGUGAAGACUGCUGUCUGUGACAUUCCUCCUCGUGGUCUCAAGAUGUCUGCCACCUUCAUUGGUAACUCAACAGCCAUCCAAGAGUUGUUCAAGCGUAUCUCUGAGCAGUUCACUGCUAUGUUCAGAAGGAAGGCCUUCUUGCAUUGGUACACUGGUGAGGGCAUGGACGAGAUGGAAUUCACUGAAGCUGAGUCCAACAUGAACGAUUUGGUCUCUGAAUACCAGCAGUACCAGGAAGCCACUGCUGACGAAGAUGCAGAGUUCGACGAGGACCAGGAGGAGGUUGAGCAGGACUAAACUUACUGUUCGUGCUAUCAUCCAUCUCUGCCUUAUGCUCUGCCUCUGACAUCAAUAUUUGAUGACUUAGCCACAGCAUAUUUCAGUGUUUUACUACAGACAAACCUUUGCUGAAUUUUUCUAUUGUUUGCAAAGAUGUAACUAGGGUUUGCUGCAGUCCCUUGCUCUCAUGUCUGGUUCGUUCUAGUCGUGACUAAAAGAUCUGUUUUGGCAUGCAUUUGAAACCCAGUUAUUUAUACAAGCCUGUUUUGUACCUGCUGAUCCGACGUGUACCUGCAUCCAUUAAAGCCCGGUUUAAUUUA